AUGUGGAUGGAUUGGAAGGAAGUCGAGAAGCCCCUGCAGCAGUGGGCAAUGUCCAUCUGGCGCAGUCCGGCCAUGGCCCGUGGCUCGGCCAUUCAGAUCCAUCCACCCACCGCCCCACCCCUUUCUUUCUUUGUUUAUUUUAAAUUACUGGAGCAUCGAUUGGAAACCAUGAUUUACGUUUGGACCAGCGAUGGCUUGACCCGUUGCAUGGGCUUGUCUCGUGGGAAGACAGUCAGCCAGGGUGUUGACGGAGGUUAUUGGUCCGAAGGCAGUCCUCUAAUCUCUGGGGGAGCCUCAUCAGUCCAUCGAAAGUGCCAGGGUGCACCUCGUGGGCGCAUUUUGGCGAUUGCCCAAGGGCCCAAAAGGAGGGGGUCAGAGACUCAAGAAGUCAGCCGCAAACAGGCAGUGUUAGCUCAGGCCGACCAAGUCAUGGGCAUGAGAAUUUUGGCCCCCAGAUUUCCAAAGAGCCGAACGGACCCGACCCGCUAG